UUCAUUUUAGAAUAUUUAUAGGAAUAAAACAGAUGAAUAAAAAGUAUUUACCACAUUAUUUGAUAAAAAAUACUUCAUGUUCUAGUCAGAAAUGUUAUUUAAUGAGUCCACACAAAAUUUAGAAUACGUCUAUAAUAUUUACUUGAACUUUGUAGCUGAAACUUUAAUUUAUGUAAGAAAUUUUAUAUUGUACAUUAGUUUAUGGCUGAUCGGCUACUUGUUAGUGUGUUGUGUUGUGUAUCGUCGUUACGCCAGGAAAUUGCCAACUCGGACUCGUGGAGCCCUCGGGGCCAAGAGAGUAUUGUUAGUAAUUGCUCACCCAGACGAUGAGUGCAUGUUUUUUGGUCCCACAAUUUUUAGAUUGUGCGAACAAGGUGCUGAAGUGUAUUUACUUUGUUUAUCCAAUGGUAAUUAUGAAGGAAAGGGCACUGAAAGGAAGAAAGAAUUAUGGGAAGCUUGUCAUGUUCUUGGAGUACCAGACUGUAAUAUAUGCCUUAUCUCGGACACUAGGCUCCAAGACAGUCCUAAGGCUCAGUGGGAGGUCCCAGUCAUAGCAAAGCUUAUACAGCACCAGGUGGAAGCUUUAGACAUUGAUACUCUAGUCACAUUUGAUAGAGGAGGUGUCUCCUCUCAUCCAAAUCACUCUGCAGUAUUUUAUGCAGUUGCAUAUAUGUUUGUUGAAAAAACUAUGCCACAAAAGUGCACAGUAUACACCUUAGAUUCUGUAAAUAUAUUAAGAAAGUAUUUGGGCUUCUUGGAUUUGCCGCUUAGUUUCGUCCUGUCAUCCAAAAGGUACUUCCUGCGGUGGACGGAAAGCCGUCGCGUAACGCGAGCUAUGAAAAAACACAAAAGCCAAAUGGUGUGGUUCAGAUAUUUAUAUGUAAUGUUUUCUCGGUACAUGAUUAUAAACACACUUAGGAAGAUUAAUCUUGCCGAUAUAGAACUCGAAUUAGAUGUUGACGAUUAAUUUUUUUUUUUUUUGUGUAUAAUGCGUGUUUGAUAAAUGCUAGAUAAAAUAAUUCCUUUAUAUAAUAAGUUGUUAGAGCUUUAGUCGAUGUUGAAUUGAUAAUUUCUAUUGCGUCAUUGAAACUUUAUCAAGACUUGUGACAUAAUGAUAUGAAUUUA